AUGACUUACCCUUUCAACUUCCCUGUGCCUGAGGGCGGUCUCGAAUCUGCUCGCGUAAAACUGGUCGCUUUCGACCCGCAUCUACAUGGUCCCGAACUCUAUUCAAUCUUGGCGGCCAACCCUGAUAUCCACCAAUACAUUCCUGUAACCAUCGACGCGGAUUUUCUCGAGGAACACAUUCUGAAGAGCAGUGACGCCUUUCUGUUUGCCGUCGUCGAUAAAACGAGAGGAAAUGGCUUCGCAGGGAUCAUCGGUCUUCUUCACGCAACAACGCGGAACCUGUCUGCAGAGAUCGGCCCAGUUAUAUGUUUCCCAGCCUACCAGCGCACCUUCGUCACAUCCAAUGCUGUGGGCCUGCUGAUGCAAUAUUGCUUGGAUACCUCGGAACAGGGUGGUUUAGGUUUGCGGCGCCUGCAGUGGACUGCCAAUUCGGACAAUCUGGGGAGUGUUGCUCUGGCGAAGAAGAUGGGGUUGAAUCACGAAGGGACUAUGAGAUGGACAUGGAUCUUACCAGAGGGCAGGCCAGGCCGCCCAGUCAGUAGCGGGAGAGGCGCUGGUCUAGGAAGAGAUUCGGCCUUGCUUGCGACAUAUUGGGACGAGUGGGAGCAAGGCGGUCGCGACCACGUGCAAAGAGUUAUGGAUCGUGGACUGUGA